AGAGCGACUCCUCUCCGCGGCUCUAUUGCACUUCGGCAAGUGCAGUCGCGCGCAGUGAAAGUGCCGCAAGCAGUGCAGUUCUCUCUACCCGUUCUUAUACGCGGCGUCUCAGCUUAAGCUGUACAAUUCGUUAAUUUUAAUUCUUUCGAAGUUCAAGAUGUUGAUGAUGUACGCAAAGUUGAUGCUGACGCUGCUGGCGCUGGUGGUCCGGGCUGACAUCAGCGAUGGGCCGCUUCCCGAGUACGUGAAGCAAUGCUCGAGGAGCGACCCUCAGCUCAAGAGCUGUCUGAUCGACUCUCUGCACCACCUGCGGCCGUACCUCCGAGCGGGUAUCCCGGAAAUCGAGCUGCCGACUGUUGAACCGUUUCACAUGGACGAGCUGAAGCUGUCCCUGACAGGUGGGCCGAACGGUUACACAGUACGGCUGCGCGACCUCUUGGUAAGGGGGGCGAGUAACUACACGGUAGAGGACAUCAAGCUUGGCUCGGACUUCGAGGCGAUCAUCCGAAUGCCGGCGCUCAUCCUUGACGCCCAGUAUACCAGUUCCGGCGUGCUGAUCAUCCUACCGGCCAGUGGUAACGGGACGUUCCACGCGAGAUUCGGCAACGCUCGGGCCCUUGUAAGGGGUUCCGUAUCGACGCAUCCGCGCAACGGCAAGACCUACCUGAACGUCGACAAUCUCGACGUCCAGCUCGGCGUGAAGGACGUCAAUAUGAGAGUUAGAAAAAUCUACAAUAAUAAUCGGAUAUUGACCGAAGCGACCAAUCUCUUCCUGCGCGAAAACGGCCAGGAGGUCCUGAAAGUGAUGGAGCCUCAGCUGAAAAAGAAGCUCUCGACUCUGUUCGCUGGAAUCGUCAAUCAGAUAGUUCGGAACGUGCCCGUGGAAACGUUUUUGCGGCCAUAAAUCCUGCAGUAUUACACUUCUCUCUACGCCUUUUGUACUUGCCUUAAUUUUAAAAUUUUUUUUUACUCUCGGUUGCGAAGAAUCAAAAGUUGGAAAUUUGACAUUGUACGAGCCAUAUAUUUAUAUACCUGUCUGUAAAAUUGAAAGCUGACGUCGAUAUGGGUGCAGCGAACGUUUUGACUAGUUUUAAGAGUGUCGGUGUCUUAAUUUUACCUAAAUAUCGUGGCUAUACACACUCUUCAGUGAUAACCGGUGCAAUUUUGUUAUACAUAUGACAUUGCGUUUUGUAGAUAGUUGUUUUUACUUUUUGUUAAUAAUCUAGGCGAAUGUUCAUCUACCCCUUAUGCAUCAGGGCGAAUCGAUAAUAAACAGGGUCUCAUAGUUGUUA